GUUCUUCCGUAUAGAGCAAUAUAUACUACUGUUAAGGAAAGACUUCUUGCUUAGGUCUUUCCUUAUAUUUCUAUUCAAUAAGAUAACACACACAUUAACCAAAAAAAAUUCCUUUUCUCAUUGUCCCACAUUAAAAAUUCCUCUCUCCUUGUCCCCUUUUUUCACCAUUCUCCCCUAUACCAUUAUAAAUAAACCAAACACACCCAAAACAACCAUAAUAAUAACAAUCUCCCUUCUUCCUUUUUCAUCUUCUCAUAAUUAAACUCUUUUUAUUAAAAAUAAAAUAAAAAUAAAAAAUAAAUAAAAUAAAAUGGGAACAACUUCUGAAUCAAAUAUCAAGAUCAUAAUCGAGAAAAAUCCCUCCGAAGCUCGUUUAUCUGAACUCGGCAUUAAAUCCUGGCCCAAAUGGGGUUGUCCACCAGGAAAAAUAACAUUGAAAUAUGAUGCAACAGAAACAUGUUAUUUUGUGAGAGGAAAAGUAAAGGCAUACCCUAAAAAAGGGUCAACAAAUGAUAAUGAAGGAGUAGAAUUUGGGGCAGGAGAUAUUGUGAUUUUUCCCAAAGGUCUUAGUUGCAUUUGGGAAGUUUCUGUUGCUGUUGAUAAAUUCUACAAGUUUGAUCCUCCUUCAUGCUAACUAAAAUACUUAGUUAAUUAAU